CCAAAAGUGUAUAGAAUCAGCCAUGACCACUCUGGUAAGGAACACCACCCGCCAUUUUAGCCGCCGCUGUGAAGGCUAUGGGCCCUUGGAUCACAGUGCUGAAGCAAAUCCAGAGUAUGGUCAUGGCCGUAGAACAUUUUCGAGGCGAAAAAGCAGCACUGAACAUCCCAACAAGAUGACUUCUUUGAGCUAUAGGCGUGACAGGGCGAGAAAGAGGCAUAUUUUCCUCCAAACGUACAAGUUGGCAUACAUGGAUUCUUCUGGAAAGUCGAGGUCGAGGAAGCUGAAGAAACUUGCUGUCAAAUUGAAAUCAGCUGUUGUCUCAGUAGUGUCUUUCAUUCGGCUAAAUUCUUUAAGAACCUUCAACUAUAGAUCGGCUAUCUGUGCCUCUUCUCCGUCCUCGAUUAGGAACUGUUUUUGAAAUUUUCCACUGAUUCAAGAGAGGUAACGAAGUUUAUCCUCUUCUCAAUCAUUGUGAUGCUUAAUUGUAUAACCUGGUUUGUGCUGCCAAUUUGGUUAAGUUCCAAAACAUUGGAAUUUCAACUUAUCCAAAUUCUUCCAUUUGUGCUGCAAUUAUAAUGAGUACGACCCUGUAAUAAGCAAAGUGGUUAUCUUUGAAUUAAGCUUCGUGAAAGCAAUUGCAAAUUUGCAGUACAACAGCAUGUGGUAGUCAAUUUUCUUUGUAUGUUGAGCAUUUGGUGAUUCUCUGAUUUGUAUGAGACCUCAAAGGUUAAGCAAUUACUAUUGAUUUUCUUGGCAUAG